AUGGCGGCCGCCACCACCUCCGCCGUGCUGCUAUCCUCCGCCGCACGCCGGCUCUCCCGAUCGGCCUCCUCCAUCAUCACGCGCGAGGUGACGGGGCACCACAACCUGACCAUCGCUGGGUUCGCGCCGUCCCGGAAGUUCCCGACGGACUGGACGGCGUCGUCGCAAGCGUUCGACGCGGCGGGCCACGGGUGGCGGAUCACCUACCACCCCAACAGCAACAGCUGGUCGGAGUACGUCUCCCUCUACCUCGAGCCCGUCGACGGCGGCGGCCGCCGUGACCUUGAGAAGUCGGGCUGCCUCGAGGACAACAGCUUCACCGUCAGGUGCGACAUCACCGUCAUCAAGAACUGGACCGAGAACGCCGCCGACGGCGCCAGCAACGCCGCUCUGGCCGCGACGCGCGUCGUCUUGCUGCCGUCGGACCUGCACAGGGACCUCAGCAACCUGCUGUGGAAGAAGCAGGGCGCGGACGUCGUGAUCGAUGUCGGCGGUGAGGCCACGUACGACGCGCACGGCUGCCUGCUGGCGGCGCGGUCCCCGGUCUUCGAGGCGGAGCUCUUCGCCGUGGCGAAGGAGAAGGUGCCCGGCGGCACCGUCCGCCGCCGCAUGGAGGUCAAGGGCAUGGAGCCUAGGGUGUUCGAGGCGCUGCUCUGCUUCGUGUACACCGAUGCGCUGCCGGAGGCGGAGGAGGGGGGACCAGGACGAUGCCGUCGCCAUGGUGCGGGCCCUGCUCACGGCGGCGCGGAGGUACAAGCUCGAGAGGCUGGGGCUGGUGUGCGAGCGCAUCGACAUGGGCACGGUGACCGGGACCAUGGUGGCGGCGGAGCAGCACGGCUGCCGUGCCCUCAAGGCCGCAUGCCUGGAGUUCCUCACCCGCCCGGGAAAUCUCAAGGCGGUCAUGGAGACGGAAGAGUUCGAGAAGAUGAGAGCCAGCUGGCCUAG